CGAAUCAUUCGAAGCAUAAAGGCAAAAAGAAAAAAAAACGGAGGAGGCACAGACGUCGACGUAAACGACUGAAACAUCGAGAGCCUCGAUGGUCCAAGAAGGCAUCCGCUAAGAUUACGACUCCAAAAGAAAAAAGACUCUGGUAAAAGGGAAAUCAUUUAAAGGAAAAAAAUCUAAUAUUCAUUCUAAAAAUAAAACUAAAAAGGCAUUACACCAAGAAGUAUCUGAUGACGGUAAAUUCGCAAUUGAUAAUGUAACAGUCAUUAUGGAUGUAGAGGACUACAUCGAUUUGACUGAAACAUCAAUUUUAAAUACCGCGAUAACUACAAUUACAGAUGCAAUUACGAAAACAAAUAAUAAGACCGAACGAGACAACGAAAAGCGAAGUGUGAUAGAUCGAUUGAUGAGAACGACUACGAAGGAUCCAUUGAAGAAAAAUUCCGGCGAUCAAGGAGCAGAAUAUGCCGAAUAUUACAACGAUAUCGAUGAAUUCGAAGGGGAAAUAGAGAAACGUCCUCGGGCCAGAUCCGUUCGUCAAAGUUAUACCAUAUCUUCUCCAUAUAAUGACAAUCCAAUGUACUUUCAGCCGGAACAAUUAUCCUCGAACAGGAGACUUCAAAAGAUCAGAUCUAAUCGAAAUUUGAAUGACAAUUUCUAUACCUACAAUGAAAAUUUUCAGGAAUAUCAAACUGAAAAGGAUCCAAAAAUGGAUCAAGAAAACUUCGAUACCAAUUCACUAAUUCUAAAAUCAAGUGGAGAUCAAUACGCUUUACCAUUAGAUACAAAUGAACAAAACAUGUAUAAUAAUUAUGGAUUUAAUUUAGGAAUAUUGCAACCGGAACAAGAACAAAACUAUCCAAAUAAUUAUGGUUCAUCGCUGCAAAAAAGCGAUGAAAAAUAUCUUUAUCCCUUAAGCGAUAAUACCCAAGAAGAUCUAAUGAACGAUCACUUUCAAUUACAUUCCGAGGAAAUUCCUACACCUCAAAUUAAUAACAAUGAAGAAAAUACGCUUGAAAUAAAGAAUCCUACAGACAUCUAUUCGGAACCAUAUGAAAAAACUUUUGUUUUACCUUCAGAAAAACAACAAUUACAUUAUAUUCCAAUAUACAAAAACAAGGAUCAAAGAAAUCAUUUAUAUCUCGUGAAUCCUUCCCAAAUUGAAACUGGAAUAUAUAAUCAAAAUAGUGCGGAUACGACAAUGGAUAUAAACAACAAUUUGUACAACCCUUUGCAAAAGGUUGUUGAUAUUUUGCCUAAGAAAAAUGUUCAACCUGUAGAAAGAUUUUUGACUCCUGUUUAUCUCGAUCGCGAGGAAAAGUGGAAUAAGAAAAAUGAAUCUAAGGAUGCGAUGACCUUGAACCAGCAAAUGACUAGACGUGGACUUCAAAAGAGAGUUAAGAACACGAAGAAUAAAUCGAACGUUUAUAAACAGUCGCUAAUUGCAAAAAAAAAGGGGGAAUCAAAAAAAGAAUUUGUAGAACGUAAAAACGGUAUUAGAAAUCGGAAUUCCGUAGAGGAGGACGUUGCGAAUAGGCACCACGUUAAUAUUGCUGUUGCUGUUAACGAAACGAAAGAAGUUGCUGAUCAGAUACUCAAUAGAAUUGUCGAUGAAUUAGAAGAAAUUAAGAUGGAUCAUACGACAGAUAUAAAUAAUGAAGGUUUACCCUGCAAACUGACGGGAUCAUGGGUGACAAACAAGGCUGGAGUGAGAUUAGAUAUGAAAGUUUUAAAUAAAAGUAUAAUAGUCACGUUGGCAAAUCUCAUACCUCAACCUUUGCACGAAGGACUUCUGAACACAACGUGGAACGUAACAGGCCAUGCUCCAUUCAGACAUGGCGCACCGUUUUCCUUGCUCGCUUAUGACAAUCAUACUAAAGCUGUAGCAAUUUUCGUUGGUUCUUGCAAAGUAUGUCAAGGAAUUGAUACGAUCCAAGGUGUUUGGUCGGUUGCACACGAGCCAAGAGACUGUCGAAAUUUUCAAAUGGCUAUUGGAAUAUUUAAUGAUAUAUUCCGAAGAACUAAACUUCUGUCAGCGAUAAAGGAAAAAAAGAAGGUUAUUUUUCAGAAUAUAAUGGGAAAUAACACUAACACAACUUCAAACAACGUUUUUCCAAAAAAUGAAAACGAAAAGAGUUAACUAUUCAU